AUGAGGAAAACAAACCUGACUUCGGCCUGCGACCGAGUAAAGAAAUCCCAUUCCUACUUGGAAGGUUCCAGCGACCAGAACGUAAAAAGGAACUUCCUACUAGAUCGUAAUCAUCACGUGUUCUUUUGUCGGAUUGAGAAAAUUGGUUCCAAGUUUAUAGUCAACUUUCUACAGAAACUUGAAGACAUCAAUAUACAGGAAAUAAUCAGAAAAGAGAAGAGUAUUCUUCAAAGAGAAAUACUUAAGGCAAAAAAACUGUCGCUAGUGUCUGACCUACCUUAUAACAGUUACACGGACUUACAUCAUUCUGUUAUGAAAUCUUUUAAAUUCAUGUUCGUCCGCGAGCCUUACGGAAGACUCGUAUCGGGGUAUGUUGAUAAGUUCUUCAUGCCAAACACCCUGUUUUGGACGACAGUGGGGAGGUAUGCAUCUAGCCUCUUUAAUGGCAAGGAUGUAAAAUGUGGACAUAACCUGUCAUUUCCGGAGUUUAUCAGAUACGUGGUGUACGCAGAACACACCGGGGAACAUACCAAUCGCCACUUUACUUCCAUAAGUGACCAUUGCCGGCCGUGUGACAUUUCAUAUGAUUUUAUUGGUAAAAUGGAAACAUUUAAAGACGAUUUCAUUACGUUGACUUACGCAUGGAAUAAAAUCUACGACACCAACGUUACUUUUGAGGACUUUGAAUCAGAGACAACGCAUGAAAGAGCCAUGUUUUAUUCCAAACGGCUUUUUGGUAUGCAAUCUAGAAUCGAGAAAUGUGUAUCAUUUUAUGAAGGGAUGGAACGAACUUGGAUUGGUCUUCAAAUUCAGGGAAUUAUUCCAAAAUAUUCGCGAUUCCCCUUUACUGAGUCUGAUGUGCCAGGAAUGUCUCUGGAACGUUUCCAGGAAGCUGUAGGAGAUGCUAUUAAAGAAAUAACAGACAAAUCAGCCGUGAAAUACCAGAAACAGGAAGCUGUUAUUGAAGCGUACAGUCUUUUGUCUUUUCAUGAUGUUGUCAAUAUUAGGGAAUUAGUCCGAAAGGACUGUCAAUUGUUCGGAUACAAUGACAGCCCAGAUUUCAUCUUUGGUGGCAAGACUAAAGCGAGAAAAGAUAAUCUGCAAUAUUUCAAAAUAUUUCAAUAA